CAACAGGAGCAGGGAGCCAAUGGGAAGCACCACAACGCGUCACGUGUUUUUUUUAUUUAUGUAAUGUAAUGGUGCCAGAAGCGAACCCAGUACAAUCUGCUUGCUACACAAGAGAAAACUGUUGUAAAAUCAGAAAAACAGAUCCGUCGGUUGCUUUUUAUUUCGUGCUUGCACUGCUUUGAUGGAGUUCAGAGGAGUCUCGCUGAUCGGACUGAAGCGAUUCAUCAUGCACAACAAGGGAAAACGUUACUCUCACAGCAAAGACUGAGAUAUGAUUGAUAAUCAUACAUAUUAAAUGUAUUGCCAUAUAGAUAAGUCAGUUGGAGAGGGAAUCAUAAAGCAUGCUAUUGGCACAAUUUUGCAAAAACUGUCAUCGGCCUUUGGAAGCUUAUAAAAGCAGUGAUCACGCAAUGAGAUAGGGCACAGCUUUAAAACUACCCGUGUCGUUUAACUUUUUAAUCAUGCCACCUUUCUUGCUAAAGGAUCGAGCUGUGUAACUUGACAAAAGGCAUCAGCUGUUCAACUCUGGAGCUGUCACCGGAUUAAAGAGUCGAGCAUGGAUCUGCUGGAGUGUCCGAUCUGUCUGUUCCUCAUGUGCGAGCCAGUGACCAUGAGCUGCGGUCACUCUUUCUGCAGGAGAUGCAUGGGAGCUUUCCUGCCCUCGCGAUGCCCCACAUGCAAAGACCGAUUGAAACAGAGAGAUGCGAAAAACAUCAAGAACAAUGUGUUACUCUUCAGCGUCAUAGAGAAAUGUUGCCCCGAAGAGACUAAGAUGAAAUGUCACAUUCAAGAGAAACUGAAAACGAGCGAGUUUACAGAAGCUCUGCGUAUUGCCGAUGAAGGGAUCGAGAUGGCCCCUGAAGAUGUGAGUCUGAAAGUGUGGCGAGCUGAGGCCUGCAUGGGCCUCCGUCGCUUUUCUGAUGCCCUCCGUGACCUGGAUGAUCUGUGCUGUGUGCGACCCAACUGGACUGAGGGUUUCUUUCGUAAAGGGAACGUGCUUCUUGAAAUGGGAAGACAGACCGAAGCCCUCAUCCAGUUUUACCGUUGCCUGAAGCAGCAUCCUGAUUUUGCCCCUGCAAAAAAUCAGAUUAAGAAGAUCCUGGAAGCAGAGGGCAUGGCUGUACCAGAAGAAGUUCCACGGAUCCUGCAUGUUGUGUCUGAGUACUUGCAAGAUCCCUGUCCUAUCACCAGCUCUGUAAGCCCCUCAUGUCCAGAUGGUCAGCGCUACUCCCACAACAAUGCUGAAGGUCAAAGUGAUCCUGUGCAGAAUGCAACUAAAGUGAAGCACGGCACCAGCGGCGAGUGCUGUCUGAGCCUGUGUCAGGCUGUGUCCUUCCUCCCCACAGCUGAGGAUGAUGAGGAAAUGAUGAUGAAGAGAGAAGAGAAACAGAACAGAGGUAUGUGCAAUGCGGGCAGAGAGUCCUGCCUCAGCGUUCUGACAGUGACUGAUUUUGAGUGUCCUCUCUGCAUCAGGUUAUUCUAUGAGCCAGUGACAACACCCUGUGGACACACCUUCUGCAAAAACUGCAUUGAGAGAAGUCUGGACCAUAAUCUACGCUGUCCACUUUGUAAACAACCACUGCAGGAGUAUUUUAAGAACAGGAAGUACAACACCACCGUGCUGCUGCAAGAGAUCAUGUCCCGCCUCUUCCCCCAGCAGUUGGCAGAAAGGAAACAGGUGCACGAGGUGGAGAUGGCAGAGCUCUCAAAUUUGACUAAGGACAUCCCAAUCUUUGUGUGCACGGUGGCGUACCCUGGCAUCCCAUGUCCACUGCACAUCUUUGAGCCUCGUUACCGUCUGAUGAUGCGGCGAUGUAUGGAGACGGGCACCAAAAAGUUUGGCAUGUGCAGCUACGAGCACGGCAAAGGCUUUGCAGAUUAUGGCUGCAUGUUGGAUAUUUUGGAUCUGGAUUUGCUUCCUGAUGGUCGAUCCUAUGUGGAAACAGUGGGAGGAAGUCGCUUCCGAGUGCUCAGGAGAGGACAGAGAGAUGGCUACCACACAGCUGAUAUUGAGUACCUGGAAGACCAUAAGGUCGAAGGUGCCGAGCUUGAAUUACUGCAGCAUCUCCAUGACAGUGUGCAUCAGCAGGCGAGAGAGUGGUACCACCGUCUGAACAGCCGCAUUCAGGAGCAGAUCAGCCGGCAGUACGGCAUCAUGCCCGAGAAAGAGGACGAUAUACAGGCAUCUGCUAAUGGGCCGGCCUGGUGCUGGUGGCUGCUGUCAGUGCUGCAGUUAGAUCCAGCCUAUCAGACCACCGUUCUGUCUCUGACCUCCCUGAAGGACAGACUGGGUCAUCUACGUAUCGUACUAGAAUACUUCUCUCAGAGCUAGGACGGAGACACAUUAAGUGCCCAUAUAUCUGAUCACAUCACAUGCAUGCACCACAAAAGACAUGAAUUAUCUUCUGAUUUAAACAGAGCGAUUUGUUUGCUCUUGCUACAAAAUGUAAUAUUUUUUUGAUCAUAAACCGUACACAAGAUCUCUUGUGGUUGGAUAACACAUUGGAAAACUAUGAUAUGGGUUGGUUUAAAAAUGAGAUGACCUGUUCCAAUGGUUGUACAACUAUUGAAUUAGUCAUUUAACUAAUUCCUACUUCAGUCGAGCACCAAAGAAUCAAGGACUCGUUCUACACAGAACAGCUGUUUAUUGGUUUACGCUGUUCGCUUCAUUAAACAUCAUCAGAGUGGAUGCCAAAUGCUGCAGCUAGUUUUGUUGACAUACAUUUGAGAUGUUUCCAGUAGUACAGGGCCCUGGACAGAAUUUGUUUUUAAAUGUGUAGCUCGCAUUUGUGGCCGAGAGGGAAACAGUUGGCCCAAGAGACUGAUGACUGAAUAGGAGCUCACUGAUUAUGCAUGAAUUAAACACUUAUGACUACAGCCUCAAAAUCUCACAAUUCCGGCCGUAAGUUUUAGUAGAAUCAGAAAUAAUAUUAUCCUCAGUAACAGAUGAGGAGUUACAUUAAUAUCGCAAGACUAAUGGCACAGAAUACACUUCUUUUUUGAUGAAUGAAAGCUGCUAGCUGUGGUAGUUUCAUUCAUAGUAUUAAAUGUGUUGCAAGCUUGCUGGCAUGACAGUAGAGAGGAGAGAGGAAGGGAUUCCCAUUCAAAAAUUUGAGGCAAAUAAGAUUUUUUUGAAAGAAAUUAACACUUUUAUUUAGCAAAGAUGCAUUAAAUU